CAAAACUAAAAAUAGAAUAAUAAGAACUGAGUUCAUAAGAUCAGGGGAAACAGUUAGCAGGUAUUUCAAUAAAGUCUUGCAAGCAAUGAAUGGAUUACGUGAUCGGUACAUGAAGCAAGCCCCAAAAGAAGUUCCCGAGGAGAUUGCAAACAACUCAAAUUAUUUUCCGUACUUUAAGGACUGCAUUGGUUUGAUAGAUGGCACACACGUCGACGCGGUGUUACCCAGUGACCUAGUUGCACGGUUUAGAGGGCGAAAAGGGGUCACCCAAAACAUCUUAGCAGCCUGCACCCCCAAUAAACUAUUUACUUAUGUCUUGGCUGGCUGGGAGGGGGCAGCAAAUGAUUAUAGGGUAUUACAAGACGCCCUGUCUAGGCCACAGCCUUACGGUCUCCGAGUUUACGAUGGUAAAUAUUACCUAUGUGACGCUGGAUACACCACAAUGCCAGGUUUCAUAUCCCCGUAUCGCGGUGUCCGAUAUCAUUUAAAAGAGCACACCGGUAGGACACCAAAGAAUAGGAAGGAGUUGUUCAAUUUAAGGCAUUCAUCUUUAAGAUCAAAAAUUGAGUGCACAUUUGGGAUACUGAAGAAUCGGUUUAAAAUUCUUGCGGGGAAGCCGAAUUAUCCAUUUCCCACUCAAGUGGACAUUGUACUAGCGUGUACUGUGUUGCACAACUUUAUUGCCUUGGAGGAUCCGGAUGAUGAUAUUUUAAAUGAAAAUGUUGAAAUUGAUGAAGAUACUGGGGAAGAGACAAAUGAGGACGAAUCAAAUGUGAUGGACUAUACUCAAAGUAGGACACAAAGAGAGGAUCAAGAUGUAAGAAAUGAAUGA